ACUUCGUAACAAACCUAAACUCUGAAAAAAUGAGUGGUCGGGGCAAGGGAGGAAAAGGACUCGGUAAAGGAGGCGCUAAGCGUCACCGUAAAGUUCUCCGUGAUAACAUCCAGGGAAUCACCAAACCUGCAAUCCGCCGUCUGGCCCGCCGUGGUGGAGUGAAGCGUAUCUCCGGUCUGAUCUACGAGGAGACCCGCGGUGUGUUGAAGGUGUUCCUGGAGAAUGUGAUCCGUGAUGCCGUCACCUACACCGAGCACGCCAAGAGGAAGACUGUGACCGCCAUGGAUGUGGUGUAUGCUCUGAAGAGGCAGGGCCGCACUCUGUACGGCUUCGGAGGUUAAAUCACCGUCUCAUCUCACUGCAACACAACGGCUCUUUUAAGAGCCACCCACAUCACCUCAAGAGCUCGUUUCUGUUGAUUUAAUACCGCUGUUUCCUCUAAGUCUCUCAUAUUGAUGAAGGGAAAAAUGUCCAUAGUACCAUCUGUGUGACGCAAUCGUGGCAACGUUGCGAAUGCUUAUUCAAAAACAACAGACUAUCUGAGAGCAGGCCUGGACUGGCCGUCGGGUAUAUCCGAAACAUUCACUGUCACAAACGGACUUUCACACACCUCAUUGCGUGGACUGUCUGAAAAGUAUGAUGACCUAAAGUAAACGUAACAUAGGUGUGAAAAUAUUGUUUCAAGUCAAAGUCCUACAUUCAUGUUUUUUUCUCAUUUA